AUGGAUGUCAGUGGCUUUCAAGUUCUUCCUUCACAAGUAGAAUCUGUAAGACUUAUCUUUAAAAGACAUCCAGACAUUGCAGUAGAGUUCCGUGCAAAGAACCAACAUCUGAGGAAAGCAUGCAUGGAUUUUCUGCUCAGCUUAAUCGAGACACUGUGCCAAUCACUCGAGGAGCUCUCCAAUGAAGAUCUUGUGGAAGCAGAUGUUGCACUGACAUACUUGAAAGACGCUGGUUUUAAGGUGGACUGGUUGGAGAAGAAGUUGGACCAUGUGAAAGUAAAGAAGGAGAAAGAGCAGUUUUGUGUGGCUAGGCUACAAGAAAUGGAGGAUAGUUUACUGGAAUUAUGGAAAAAAUGUUCAGAUCUUGAUGCCCUAGUGGAGAAGGAGGAGGCAGAGUUGUCGGACACAAGAACUCCUCUCUCAUUCGAUGAUGUUGUUUGA